AUGGAGUCGGAUUCACUGAAGAUUCCGGAUUCAACAAAACAUGUGCUAGAGGCUCGUCUCGAUAAUCGAAUUGCUUCACUGACCGUCGGCUACGCGGCACGGGAAAAGGACGAAAUCGAACGUGGUUUUGCCGAGUUUUUACGACAAAACCAGAAGAGUGUCGAUGAGGAUUUGUUAGACCACAGAAUAUCUCAACAAAUGGAACGACUUCGGGAGUCAUGUCGAACAAAUGCAAUCAACGAUGACUAUUUGGUGGAAAUCGUGGAAGAUGUUGGAUUGGCGUUACAGCAAAUGGCCAACUUUACUAAAGAAGAUUUGUUGAAAGCCUUCCGAGAAAACAUCAAUCAUUUCAAUGAGGAAGCCGCUCGCAAAAAGAUUCCCAGAGCCUCGGUGAAUCGACUCGGUGAAGACUUGAUGAGAAAUAAUGCCGAGAUAUUGAUGCAAACCUUUCACGUACUGCCCAAAGAAAUUGAAGCAACAAUGUCGGCGCUUCAGUCUUACAAGCUGUGGCAAGACCUUCAACCGAACUGGCUCCGUCAUCUUAAGAAGUUUUUCUGCCUUGAAUUUAACUGGAAUCGUCAAAGUAUCGACCCGAAACGCCUUGAAGACAACAUCAUCGAACGCUUGGGAGAGGAUCCCAGCGCCGCCGCUUUAUGGACGCCCCAGAAAUGUCUCCUCUUUGUCGAUAAACUAAUUGCAACGAUUAAAGAAAUUGAGCAACAAUUGAGGCAAACUCGGAGUGACGUUGAUCUCCAGAAACCGUUGAACGAUGCUCUUUUCAACAUUUGCCGCAUUUACUUUGAAAAGCUUGCGGCGACACGGAAAUACACGCGAGAGGAGAUUUUGGCUGUUUUCAAUAAUCAAAUUUCGCCCGCCAGCAUGCCGAUGAUUUGUAUGGCGUUGCGAAAUUUCCCGAGCAGCCAGGCAAGUCUCUGGAAAACACAAGUCGCUUCACCGCCGGGACUGAAAGCCGGGCACCGGGAUCCGCAG